AUGACCCUUAGUAGUGCCCAAUGCACGAUGCUGAGCUCAUUGGCAGGCGUCACCGUGACGAACUGGGACCUGGACAUUUCACCAACGUUCCUGGGCGGACGGUGCGACCCCCGUGCCUUCACGGAUGACGAUCCGCAUUUCCGGGGCGCAGACGGCACCCGCUACGACUUCAAUGGCCUUCUCGACCGCUCCUUCUGCUUGGUUUCCAAUCGUCGAAUCCACAUCAACAUGGGAAUCAAGGGUUACCAGCCCAUCGCGAAUCUCCCCGGCACGGCGACAUCAUUGGAUGAAGAGUCGCUCGCUGCAGCGCUGGAAGCAGCUUCCAAAGAGAAGAAGCCACGUCAUAUCAGGCAGCUUGAGCAGGAGAGGCUGAGCGUGGAGGAACUGGGCGAGCUGGAGAGAAUGCGGGCUAAUGGGAGCCUGCUGUUGACUGAUGAGGUGGUGGCAGCGCUUGAGCGGGAGAUGGGUCGUCGCAGCAGCAAGAGUGGAUGGGAAGAGGAACAGCAUUCGAUUCAGUAUGCUAAGCACGAGCUGAAGGCGAGGCUUCUUAGAGCGAAGCCGAUUCGCAGCUGGAUCAGGGAGCUCCACGUGAUCUGGCGCGAUUCGACUGGCGUGCAACAUUCGGCAUUUUUUAAGGCUCGAGAUGGCAAGGAGCAAGGGAGGGGCAGCAGCGGGUUCAUCGACCGACUGGAGCUCGAUGGCUCGCCAGUGUACCCGCCUCUAUCCACAGGCUCUUUCAUCGCUGCCAGCGGCGGGUUCAAGCUGCUUCUGGCGGAAACACGGAGCUGCAAGGGGAAGGAUGCGGACGAAUUUCAUCUCACGAUCGACGGUGUGGUGGACAUGGGCAUCACGGCACGUUUGGCACAUCCGCUCAUGCAGACGGCUACGGAGGCCCAGGCACAUUUCAAUGUGUACAUCGCCCGGCUCAAUGUGAAUGGCAUUCACGGCGUGCUGGGUCAGACCUUCCGAGCCGAGGAAUCCCGCAAGGUGCGCUCGCUGCGGUACCGCCUGCUGACCCGCCUGCUGCGCGAGCCGGUGGAGGUGGAGAGCGAGAGCGGCAGGGGAUUCCUGGAUGGGUGCACGGAGGACUACAUCACCUCGGAUAUCCGCUCUGCGGAUUGCAUGUUCGCCGCUGCGUGGCGCAGGGGCGAACACGAGAACAGCGACGGAAGCGACUUUAUGUAA